GUCAUUGAAACAUCGUGGCGUACAACAGCACCACGCCAGGAGCUGCGUAGCUGUCUCCUUACUGUCAACGAUAAGUUUGAUAUCAUAUUUAUCAGUAAUGUUAAUAAUCUUGUAGUUAGCUCGAUAAACUCGGUAAAUAUGUGGACGUCCGUCGCCUGUUCGUGCGUGAGAAACGGGAGGAAAGUCUCGGUCCCCGCUGCUAAGUUGUUUUCAACGGUUAAGAACUCGCACAGGACACCGAAUCUGACACGGUUACACAAUUUUUCAGGACACCUGUCGUCCACGCUCCUCACGCCGAUACUUUGCCAACUGCCAAGGGGUGUAACCGCCAGAUCUGUGUCCCUGUCAGCCGCUUCCCAUGGAGGAACCCCGGGCUCACUUUCAGUCCCAGCCGAGGGUGACCACCCAGACCGGGAGAACUUCGGCUCUCUUUCCGCUGACAUAUCAUCCAGGAGGUCGUUCAGGAAAAACAGCCCAGACAUGCAGGAUCUGCGGUACGAAGAGGAUGAGGAGGAAGAGCCGGUGAAACUUCGCAGGAGGCCUCAGAGCAGCAACACACCGUACUGGUACUUCUUACAGUGCAAGAAGCUGAUCAAAGAAAACAAGCUGCAGCAGGCUUUGGAUAUGUUCAGCAGAGACAUGCUGCAGGGAGAGAGGCUGCAGCCGGAGGAGUUCAACUACAGCAUCCUGAUCGGAGGCUGUGGUCGAGCUGGACAGCUCAAGAAGGCCUUCAAGCUCUACAAUGAUAUGAAGAAGCGAGGUCUAAGUCCUUCAGAUGCUACCUACACCGCGCUGUUCAACGCCUGCGCUGAGUCACCAUUCAAACAAGCCGGUCUCCAACAAGCUCUGAAACUGGAGCAAGAACUCCGUCGCAAAAACUACCCGCUCAGCACCAUCACGUACCACGCCCUUCUCAAGACACACGCCAUCACCAACCACCUUCACGCCUGUAUUCACACGCUCAAGGAGAUGCUGCAGAACGGCCACGCUGUAACUCAGGAGACGUUUCACUACCUGCUGAUGGGAUGUUUGAAGGACAAAGAGACAGGCUUCAGACUGGCUUUACAGGUUUGGCGGCAGAUGUUGAGGUCAGGGAUUCUUCCAGACUCAAAGAACUAUAACCUGCUCUUGCGAACAGCAAGGGAUUGUGGGAUUGGCGACCCUGCCCUGGCCACUGGCGUGCUCCUGAUGCUUGACCCAAAGUACGAGAGGGAACAUGUGUCACAUGGAAAGUCAGAGUCUGGAUGUAAAGGUGUAGUAGACAUUGACCUUCUGGAGAGGCAGCUGUUUAUCCAACCUGAUCCACUCGGUGAGCGUCAGCAGGACAGCAGAGGCAGUGAGGACGAGUCCCACAACAGACCAGACUCGACUCAUUUGAUACCAGUCAGACAAACUGUCUCGCUGCCUGUUGAGUUAGCAGAUGACUCUACAGCCCCUAACCUACUGGACCUGUUUGAGGGUAAGAGGGGUGGGGUGAUCUCCCUGGGAACUGUGGACGGAGUAUCGGAUAAACUCGCCCUUAUCGGAGGAGCUAAAGGUUUCCUGGAGAAGAUGGAAGCAAGCGGCCUCAGUCCAGACCUCAGGACUCUGACCCUGCUGGCUGAUACGAUGGAGCCGGGCUACCAGUCUCUGCAGGUGCUGCUGAAGGCCGCCAAGCAGCAUAAAGUGAAGCUCGACGUCGCGUUCUUCAACUCUGCGAUUCGCAGAGCGGCCAGAGCUGGUGAUUCAGAGGGAGCACAGGCUGUGCUGAGUGUGAUGCGACAGCGUAAUGUAACCCUGAACGUGCAGACGUUUGGAUGCCUCGCAUUGGGCUGUGAGCGGCAGCAGGAUGGCCUGCAGCUGCUCAAAGACAUGGAGGCGGUGGGACUUAAGCCUAACGUCCAGAUAUUUUCUGCUCUUAUCGGCCGAGCAACUCGAAGACUGGAUUACGUCUACCUUAAAACAAUCCUCAAAAGCAUGAGAAACUUGGAGGUGUGGCCUAACGAGGUCAUCAUCAGACAGCUGGAGUUCGCCUCACAAUAUCCUCCCAACUAUAACCAGUACAAGUCCAGAAACAACUAUAUGGUCCAAAUCGAUGGUUUCCGUGGUUACUACCAGCAGUGGCUGAAAGAUAUGCCUGCCAAGAGUGCUGCUGAUGAGCAGGCCGAGCUGCAGACGGUGACGGACCCUGCAGUGCUGAAAACAGAAGCAACAGAUGGACUGACAGAGACUGAAAGGAGCCAGAGAGCAGCAGCGAGGAGAUAUAAGUUUCAUAGCAAGGACAAGAAAAGCAGUGCUACCUGUACUCUGUGACAGCACUCCUGAAAACAUCUCUGUAAAGUCUGUCAACUUAUCGCAGAUGCGUUUUUCUCAAAUGGUCGAUGUUAUUGUAAAUUAUAUUGCAAUUAAAGUAAAAUUCAAGUUUCA